UUGGAACCUUUAUCUUCUUGCUGUAGAAGCUUAUCAGCUUGGGACGCUCAUGGUCUUUACGCUUGGCCUUUACGCCAAAGCUCUGUAAAACUCCGCGUUUUCAUUAUAGGUAACAAAGUAGUGUUACAGGUGAGCAUCUUUGGCACGUCACCAAACGAUAUUGACAGCGCUGAAGACCGUUACAAAUUCAGUAGAAAGUUGGAACAUUUGCAAAUCAGCCAACCACAGUGGAAGAAAAGCGAUGAUGUUGAAGAUGCCAAGCAAUUCUGUGCCAAAGUUGGUUAUCCAUGUCUUAUCCGGCCGUCAUACGUAUUGUCCGGUGCUGCAAUGAACGUCGCUCACACAGAAGACGAUCUGGCAGCAUUCUUGAAACAGGCAGCUGUCGUCGCCAAAGAACAUCCUGUGGUGGUGUCGAAGUUCAUAAGCGAAGCGAAGGAAAUAGACGUUGAUGCAGUCGCUAUGGAAGGUGAAGUGCUGGUAAUGGCUGUCUGUGAACAUGUGGAAAACGCUGGAAUUCAUUCGGGUGAUGCAACUUUGGUUACUCCUCCACAAGAUCUCAACCAGGUCACCUUAAAUCGGAUUCAAGAAAUCACAAUCCAAAUUGCCUCUGCAUUCAAUGCGAAUGGGCCAUUUAAUAUGCAGCUGAUUGCCAAGGAUAAUGAGCUAAAAGUGAUUGAAUGCAAUCUUCGAGUCUCGCGCUCGUUCCCAUUUGUCACGAAGACGCUUGACUUUGACUUUGUCGCUUUGGCCACACGAGCGAUGAUGGCAGCAGACAAUCCGGCAAUAGCUAGUUCGUUGAAGAAGCAUGGUCUGCUUCGAGGCAAAGCACGUGUCGGUGUGAAGGUGCCACAAUUCUCAUUUUCUCGUCUGACGGGCGCUGACGUGAUGCUUGGAGUAGAGAUGGCAUCUACUGGAGAGGUUGCCUGCUUCGGGAAACAUCGUCAAGAAGCGUAUUUGAAAGCAUUGCUUUCAACUGGAUUUGUUGUCCCAAAGAAGAACAUCCUUCUAUCGAUUGGAGGGUACCAUGCGAAGUCGGAGAUGCUGCGCAGUGUGCAGCUGCUGCAAGACAUGAACUUUGAUCUGUUCGGUUCGAAAGGCACAGCGGACUACUUCCAAUCGAAUAACAUUCAUGUGACGGCCGUCGAUUGGCCUUUUGAAGAAGGAACAUCUGAUCAAAAGAUGGCCGCAGGAACGAGAAGCGUGGCAGAGUUUUUCGAGAAUAAGGAGUUCCAUUUGGUGAUAAAUCUUCCUAUUCGUGGAUCCGGCGCCUAUCGAGUUUCGGCUUACAGAACGCCUGGAUAUAAAACUAGAAGAAUGGCAGUCGACAAUGGAAUUCCACUAAUCACUGACAUCAAGUGUGCUAAACUGUUUAUUGAGGCUUUGCAUACGGUCGGCCGACGACCUCCCGUGAAUUCUCAGAUUGACUGCGUUGCUAGUCGUAGUCUGAAGCGUCUACCUGGUUUGAUAGAUAUCCAUGAGGACUGGUACAGUUGCACUCGUGCAGCUCUGGCUGGUGGUAUCACACAGAUAAUGGCGAUGCCCAAUACAAGUCCUCCCCUGGUUGAUGUGGACACUUAUCAGUUGGUCGACAAGAUGGCAUCACAAAAUGCUGUUGUUGACUAUGGACUUUACAUUGGUGCAACACCAAGUAACCCUCUCGUCGCUUUUGAACUUGCGCCAGUGAGCGCUGGUCUGAAGAUGUACCUCAAUCAGACCUUCUCAACGUUGAAAAUGGAUUCAAUCGCUGAUUGGGUCAAGCACUUCGAAGCAUUCCCAUCGUCGAGACCAAUAGUGUGCCAUGCCGAGAAGCAGACAGUUGCUGCGGUUCUUUGUGUGGCUCAGAUGACUGGACGGGCUGUACAUAUUUGCCAUGUAUCGAGCGCUGAGGAAAUCCUUUUGGUGCGCGACGCAAAGAGAAAGGGUUGGCCGGUGACAUGCGAAGUUUGCCCACACCACCUUUUCUUGACAGAAGAGGAUUUACCGCCUGGUGUGAGAGAGGUCCGCCCACGUUUGGCGACAAUCGAAGACAGAAACGCCCUUUGGGAAAAUCUUGAAUUCAUCGAUUGUUUUGCUACGGAUCACGCUCCUCACACAUGGGCUGAGAAGAAUGAUCCUGACAAGGCUCCACCCGGUUUCCCAGGUGUGGAAUAUAUGGUGCCACUGUUGUUGACUGCAGUUUCACAAGGGAAGCUGACACUGAGACAACUCGUCGAUCGUCUUCACUACAAUCCAAAGAAAAUUUUUGGACUGCCGGAUCAACCAGACACCUAUAUAGAGGUCGAUCUGAACGAUGAGUGGGUGAUUCCAGAAAGUGGCGGAGAAAGUAAAGCUGGCUGGACUCCGUAUGCUGGAAUAAAGGUUAAAGGACGUGUACAAAAGGUAGUAGUUCGAGGCGAGGAAGCAUACGUCGAUGGAAUGAUAUCGAUCAAUAUGCAUCUGUUGCAUUUAGUCGCAAUAAUUCCAAGUAUACGACGAGAGUUGCAAGUAACGACUGAUGAAGGGCAAGAAGAAAGUAAGGUCUCGAUUGAAGAAAGCCCCACUUUACCUGUUGCACAGUUCACACCUCGGGAAGUAACGCUGGCAGGAAGUCAUCUACUAUCAGUCCAUGAACUCGGCAAGUCGACGCUGAACAGCAUUUUCGAUGUUGCCGAUCGAUUCCGAGCUGAUGUCGAAAGAAAACAUCCUUUGACACAUAUCCUUGAGGGAUAUGUGAUGGCGUCGAUGUUCUAUGAGGUAUCUACGAGAACGGCGAGCUCAUUUGCAGCAGCAAUGCAACGUCUUGGCGGAGGGGUAGUUCACAUGGACAGUUUUACAUCUUCUGUUCAGAAGGGUGAGACUCUUGAAGAUUCGGUAACGAUCAUGUCGAACUAUGCGGAUGUCGUUGUACUGAGGCAUAAGGAGACUGGUGCAGCGGCCCGUGCUGCGGCUGUUUCUUCUCGUCCGGUAAUCAACGCAGGAGAUGGAUCCGGGGAACAUCCAACCCAGGCUUUGUUGGAUGUGUACACAAUCCGCCAAGAAAUCGGAACUGUCAAUGGACUGACAAUAGCGAUGGUUGGCGAUCUCAAGCACGGACGUACAGUACAUUCGUUGGCAAAGUUGCUGUGCGUAUACAAGGAUGUUACAAUUCAUUAUGUUACACCAACACCGGAACUUGGCAUGCCUGAAUACAUUGUCGAUUAUGUGAAGAAGCUUGGUGGAGUUCAGAAGAGUUUCACUUGUUUGGCGGAGGGUAUUCAGAAUGUUGAUGUGAUCUAUGUUACAAGGAUCCAGAAGGAACGUUUUGCAAGACCUAGCCGAAAUUUGCCGAUAGUGAUGCAUCCGCUACCGCGAGUGGACGAGAUCAGCACCGAGUUGGAUCAUGAUGAUCGCGCUGCAUACUUCCGUCAGGCAAAGAAUGGAAUGUACGUAAGAAUGGCUUUGCUGGCGAUGAUACUUGGAAAAUCACCACUAUAA